AUGCCGCGCGAAGUCUCAGAGGAUGAUAAACCUAAUACGCCGAAAACAACUCCUUCGCCUGCACAGAAUCGAUUAGAAACCAAGGAAAGCGCAAGCCAGGACGGGAAAACAGUUGCGGACGAGAAACCAGAAAAGCUAUCGGCAGUUGAAGAACUCAGGUUAUUGAAAGAGGAGUUGGAAAAAGUGGCAGAAGAAUCAGAUUCCGGAGGAGGCUCCAAAGGAUCUAGUGGCGAGUCUUUCGACGAAGAAGCGAGAUAA